GGUCUUGACAAAACAAGUUUUUUCAUCCAGAUGAUUUAGUUCCAAAUGCCUAAUUUAAUCUUGAAGUCCUUAUGUUGCUUUUAUCUAAACAGAAGGCAUUUCAUCUUACUUUUUGUAAAAUGUUACAAUUUGAUUCAAUUUUGUACACAGCAGGACAGUAAUUCCUCCAGGCAUUGCUUUUAAUAAGUACAACAAUGUUAAUUGAGGUUAUUGCCCUUGCAGCCACCAUGAUGUCAGCAAAUUGAUUUCUCUCUUGCUAUAAGUAUUACACUGCAGCAGCAGAAAUCAAUGGCACACACACAAGCACAAUUUGGAAUUACUUCAACAUUGGCUAUGUGAACAUUCUUUUGUUACCAGCUUGACAAUGGAUAACUAAACCCGAAGCACAAAAGUAAAAUCUACGAGUGAAUUCUACAGCUCAGGUGUUUCAAUGGAUUUAGCACAGGACUCCAACCUGAAAUGAAGCAGUGAGGAUGGGCGACUGGAAUUUCCUUGGAGGGAUUUUGGAGGAAGUUCAUGUCCACUCCACCAUUGUUGGGAAAAUAUGGCUGACAAUCCUUUUCAUAUUCCGCAUGCUUGUGCUUGGAGUGGCUGCUGAAGACGUAUGGAAUGAUGAGCAGUCAGAGUUCAUCUGCAACACUGAGCAGCCUGGCUGCAGAAACGUCUGUUACGACAAGGCCUUUCCAAUCUCUCUCAUACGUUACUGGGUUUUGCAGGUCAUCUUCGUGUCUUCGCCAUCCCUAGUGUACAUGGGCCAUGCCCUAUACAGGCUCAGGGCACUGGAGAAAGAAAGGCAGAAGAAGAAAGUAGAGCUGAAGGGUGAACUGGAGGAGACCGAGACCAUGCUGGAAGACAGGCGUAGGUUAGAGCGAGAGUUAAGACAGUUGGAGCGCAGAAAAUUAAACAAAGCCCCGCUCAGGGGCUCUCUGCUGCGCACUUACGUCCUGCACAUUCUCACCAGGUCUGUGGUGGAGGUUGGAUUUAUGAUGGGUCAGUUUUUGCUCUAUGGACUUGAGUUGGACCCUCUGUACAAAUGCAAACGGUUGCCCUGCCCCAACAUUGUGGACUGCUUUGUGUCCAGACCCACCGAGAAGUCUGUCUUCAUGCUCUUCAUGUUGUGCAUCUCAGCAGUUUCCCUCUUUCUAAACAUCCUCGAAAUCAUUCAUCUGGGCUGCAAGAAGACGGGGUUGGGGCUUUUUGGAUAUUAUCCCAAACUGAAGGAGGAGGUGGGUGAUAUCUUUAUCCCCAAGUCACAGAAAAACUCGAGUGCUCAGCGAAUCUCUGUCUCGGCAGUGGGACACACACACAUCACGGUCCCCAGUGCUCCAGUGGGUUACAGCUUGUUGCUGGAGAAGCCAGCGGAAGCUACAAUGUAUCCGAUAUUUACACCCCCCGAGCUCAAACCCAUCCUGAAUGAUCAGAAACAAAGUUACAAAGAAACGCAACAUCAGCCUCCUGCAGCCACUCAAUGUCAUGCAGGCUCGAGCACAGCGUUAAACUGCAGUGAAGGACCCAGCGGAUCAGAAGUUCCCAGCCAAAAGGGUGAAGAAUGCAAUGAGCCCUCAAACGCAGCUUGCCUUCCCGCCCCGAGCCCGCACUCAGCCAGUCAGACCGAGCUGUCCACCGCCGGGACCUUGUACCCGACUCUUCACAGCGCCCCGUUCCCCGCCGCGAUCUCCGCCAGCGCCAGCCGCACGCUCCGCCGAGUCAGCGCCACCUUGAGCUGCGCCGCCGACUCUGAGGCCGGUCACAGGAGGAGGUGCGGCUUCGGUGUGACCAGGGCCCGGACAGCUUCGAAAGGCGACCUCAAAAGGCCCAGCAGACCCGACACUCCCGAGUCAAUCUGUGAGUCGAGCUCCGAGUCGAAGCACAGCGGAGACGGCGGCAGUCCGCAGCGGGCUCUCUCCCCCUCCCGGAGAAUGUCAUUGGCAAGUAACGCCAGCGGCAGGCGUGCUCCCACCGACCUCCAGAUAUGAGCAUCACUGUACUUCAGCUUUUAACCAUUAUGAAAAAACAGAGUCAGUAACCAAAGGCUUUAGAAACUACUGAAAAUUUUAUACUUGAACUGGAAAGAUUAUCACAUUCUCUCCAACCACUGGGAACACUGCAGGCCCUGUAUUUAAUAUGCUGAGAAUAGACAGAUCUUACUACGCUGCAUUGCUAGUUAGGAGCAAUAUCCUUAACAAAUUAUACAGUGACAUUUGCAAGUAAGGAAAUUACCACUGUCACUUGAAUAACAUGAACGUUUCAAAAAGUAGUUCCAAUCAACUAUAUUCCAAAUUUCAAUUUGGAUUCUAGGAAGUUCUUAGGCUAACUCCUGGUUGUAGAGGGUUGAUAUAACAUUGCUAUUGUUACAAAGAUCUAUCAGUGGUAUGGCGCCAGUGAAGUGAGCUAUGCUGCAAAGAGAAGUGAACAGUAGAUAUUGUCCCAAGUUAUAUCAUUUGUUGGAUUUCAUUGCCUAGCCUACUUUCAGAAAAGUGCUAAUCAUCUGAAAAACAAUUUCCCACAAAAAUCAUAAAACAUGAGUGAUGGUAUUGAGAGGCACAAGCAGAGGUAUCAGAACUGAUUGUCACAGGAAAUGUUAAAUAACAGUGUGGAUUGCAGCAGUUCAAAAAGGCAGUUCACCACCAUCUUCUCAAGUGCAACAAGGGCUAGGCGAUAAAUGCUGAUCCAGCCAAUGACAUGACUAAAUAAAAAAAACAAGAGUGAAUAGUCCUCUUUUAAUCUGCAAUCAUCAGCCUCCUUCUCAAAAACAAAACAAAAACUUCACCACACUGCCUUCACAGACUGCCAUUGUUCUCCAAAUUCCCUUUUACACGAUCCUAAAAUUAUAAACAUUUAAUGUAAUAAAUCUAUUAUAAAACCCCAAUCAUGUGCAAUUCCAUUUUGAAUUCCAUCAAUCAGGUUCUAUCAAGCCAGAGGAGGGAAAUGUAUCUUAUCAAAGUCACAAAUACAAUCUGAGUUACUGUGACAAAAGAUAAUCUAUCCCUCCUCAAGCUUCUUGACCCGUCUGCCACCUUAUGAUCCUCAACCAACACCUUUCCACUGUCUUCCAGCUGAGUGCUCUUCUUACUUCUCUUCCUGUUUCUACUCUUAUCCAACUAAUCUCAAUGAGAGAAUCACCUGCAACGACCUCUUGGCAUGCCCCAUCCAUUCCAUUAGAUUGCUACUUCUGGAAUCCCCCAAGAAUCAAUUCUUGGUUCCGAUCUACAAAUUUCUCUUUGCCAACAUUAUUUGAAAACAUAAUGCCAAGUUACACAAGUAUGUUGAUGACACCGGUCUCAACAUCAUCACUAUCUCCGAAACACCUCCAAAUGUCUCUAAUCUAUCACACAGCUUGUUCAAUAUCUAGUACUGGAUGCUCAGAAAUUCACUCUGAAUAAAUAUUGGCAAGACCAAUGCAAUUUCUUUCAGUCCCUUCUCCGAACUCCAUUCCUUCACUACCAAAUUCAUUUAUUAUGACCCUAGCUAAUGGUAGUACUGGACAUCAGAUCCCAGAAGGAAACCUGGCUUGACAAAUAAUAUGUUUAAUUUUUGCAGUUGUUUACCAUUGUGAUUAGUGACCAAAACAUAUAUACCCUAGGCUACAGAUAUUCUUUAACAACAGAACAUAAGUAUAUUACAUAAAGAAGAAAGCAAUGUAUAAAGACAGCUAGAAAUACCUUAACACAACCAGCAAAGCAAAAUGUUAACCCAUUCACCUACACUAUCUUCUUAGAAAUAUUCAGUUCCAGAGACAUUUCACUCCUUUCUUAACUCUAAGCUUUUCCUUAACUGAAGAAUGGUGCCAGGGUUGAAGGGUUUGAGACAUAGGUAGAGGCUGAAUAGACUUGGGCUAUUUUCCCUGGACCAUUGGAG